AGUACACAAUUGACCUCAGGGCAACUUAACAGUGAAUGCGCACAGUCCAUAGAAAUUAUUGAAUGACCACAUUGUCAUUAGCAUGCUAUAGUUACGUAAUCGCUCCACUUUCUUCAUGAACUAGCCGUGCGGACAUGCUGGACGUCAUUUUAUCUAUAUCAAUUCUCAUCAAUUUUACAUGAAAGUUCUAAUGGCCAGCUGAGACCCAACACCGGGUGAGGGAUUUUCACGUUGCGUCGAAGACCCUAUGACGGCUUUAGGCUGUUUCUGAAAGGAUAGAACUUUUACAGUUGUUCUGGUACUAGGAAAAUGGGAAGUUUGAUCCAAUAUUCGAAAUUCGGUUUAAUUAUUACUUUCAUUUUUGUACUCAUCAUUCUGCUUUACACCAGAGUCAGAUCUAGUGGAGAAGUUGUAGAUCCUAUCUCUGUUCAUUCUGAUCUGACGACUAGCCAACACAAGUUGUAUUUUUCGACAUACUUAGAUGAAAUAAAAAAUACAAGACUAAUUUGUGGCGAGUUAUGUGAUACAACACGUAAAGGAACUCCAGGAAGGUUUUUUGAUAAAAUUACAGCAACUAUAAAUUGUGAAGCUUUAUUCAAAAACAAAUAUGUGGACUCAUCUCAUGGACUUGUGCAUGCACCAAGAAAAAUACCUUCUAUCUUAUUGAAUGAUUAUACCAUGAAUGGAAAAAUGAAGGUACACACGGCUUAUUUUAAUCAACAAUAUCUCGGUAGUACCGCAAGGACACCUAUCUGGACAAAAUCUUUACUGGAGGAGUAUGUAGCGCUAGCAAAAAAAGGAAAACUAUUUGGUACUUACGGGAUACCAGAAACAAACGCACUAAGAGACGGCCUUCAGCAUGCACCAGGAGUGAAAGGAGGGCGUAUCCUAGUAAUCGGAUCUGAAAAACCAUGGGUUGAAGCAUGCUUGAUUGAGAUAGGAGCAAAAAGUAUUGUAACACUUGAAUAUGGAAAGAUUAAAUCCGAACAUGAGCAAAUUACAACGAUGGUUCCCUCGGAAUAUAGACAGCAAUUUUUAGAUAAUACAUUAGGAUUAUUUGACGCAGUUGUAUCGUUUAGUUCUAUAGAACAUUCUGGAUUAGGGAGGUAUGGAGAUGCUUUAAAUCCUUGGGGAGAUUUAAUAGUAGUUGCAAGGGCUUGGUGUAUAACAAAAACAAAUGGAUCCCUAGUACUUGGUGUUCUUUAUGACAUAAAUAACGAUUACAUUACAUUCAAUGCACAUAGAUGUUACGGUAGAAAAAGAUAUCCAUACCUGACAGCAAAUUGGAAUCAACAUUAUUUGGGGAAAGGGCACCAACGGGUUCAUGUGUUCACAAAAUAAAGAAUUUGUUUUAUAUUAUUUAUA